GUCCCUUCCCCGCCGCCUCUGCCCUCACUCCGAGGAGACGCGCCGCCGUGUCUCUCAGCCUCGCGAGCCGCGCGCCACAGAAGCAGGGAGCGGCGCCUCGAAGGCUGCGCGGCGCAGCCCGGAGCUGUCCAAACUUCGCGGGACUUUGCCUCGCCUGCCUUGCCAAGCCAUGCCCUUCGCGAAGCCCGUCUGGGCUCUCUCGCGGCGCGGCGGCGGCGGUGCCUCGCCACAGCCAGCGCCGGGCGACGCGCGACAAGGGCGCACGGAGUCGCCCGCCGACCCUCGGUGAAGCCCCCCUCUCACUUGCCGCCGCGCUCUUCCUUCAGGCGCCCCGCUCGCUUUCCCUUCCGAGGGACUCCGCGCGCUCGCUUUCCCCUCCGAGGGGGGCCGGGCUGCGCGCGCUCCGCUUGGGAACGGGACGCCGCCCCUCCGAGAGGGCGACGCCUAGGCGCGAAAAGAAAGACCCGGAGGGCAGAGGCAUUGAAGCGCGCGCUCUAGACGGCGCCGCUUCGAGGCUGAGCGAGGAGGAGGAGGAGGAGGACCCCGCCCUUCCCCGGCGCGCACCUCGGGGCUGCUGAGGUGCCGCGCGAGCCGCCCGUCCUCCCCCGCUCGCCGUCUCCGCCCUCCCCCGCGCCCGCCCCCCGAGCCAUGAACUUUGGCCGGGGGGGCCCGUCGGUGGUGGUGUUGAACGUGGGGGGCACCCGCUACUCGUUCUCCCGGGAGGUGCUGAAGGACUUCCCCCUGCGCCGCCUGAGCCGCCUGCACGGCUGCCUGUCGGAGCAGGACGUGCUGGAGGUCUGCGACGACUACGACCGCGAGCGCAACGAGUACUUCUUCGACCGCCACUCGGAAGCCUUCGGCUUCAUCAUGCUCUACGUGCGCUACGGCCACCUGCGCUUCGUGCCCCACAUGUGCGAGCUCUCCUUCUACAACGAGAUGAUCUACUGGGGCCUCGAGGCGUCGCACCUCGACUACUGCUGCCAGCGCCGCCUCGACGACCGCAUGUCCGACACCUACACCUCCUACUCGGCCGACGACCUGCAGGCCGCCGAGCCCGCCGCCGGGGCGGCCUGGGGCAGCGGCAGCACCAGCGCCAGCAGCAGCCGAGGUGGCGCCGAAGCCGGGGAGGGCAGCGGCCGCGCAGCGCCCCCGCCCGGCACCGAGAAGAAGUGGCUGGAGAGGAUGAGGAGGACUUUCGAGGAGCCCACCUCUUCCUUGGCCGCGCAGAUCCUGGCCACCGUCUCCAUCCUCUUCGUCAUCGUCUCCAUGGUGGUGCUGUGCGCCAGCACCAUGCCCGAGUGGCGGGCGGCCGAGAACCGAAGCAUGGAGGAGCAAAGCAGGUACACAGCAGACUCACUCAGGGAGCCUUCAGGGAUAAUUGAAGCAAUCUGCAUAGGCUGGUUCACUGCAGAGUGCAUUGUGAGGUUCAUCGUCUCCAAAAACAAGUGUGAGUUUGUGAAGAGACCCCUGAACAUCAUCGACUUGCUAGCAAUAACUCCCUACUACAUCUCUGUGCUGAUGACCGUUUUUACAGGGGAGAAUUCUCAGCUCCAGAGGGCUGGAGUCACCUUGAGGGUCCUGAGAAUGAUGAGGAUUUUUUGGGUGAUUAAGCUUGCCCGCCACUUCAUUGGCCUUCAGACACUUGGCCUGACCCUGAAGCGAUGCUAUAGGGAGAUGGUGAUGCUGCUCGUCUUCGUCUGCGUUGCCAUGGCGAUUUUCAGCGCGCUCGCCCAGCUCCUUGAACACGGGCUGAAAUUAGGGAAGCCCAACGAAGGCUAUGCCAGCAUCCCGGCUGCUUGUUGGUGGGUGAUCAUCUCUAUGACCACGGUUGGUUAUGGUGACGUCUGCCCUGUCACCGUACCCGGAAGGAUUCUUGGAGGGAUUUGUGUGGUCAGCGGGAUUGUGCUGCUGGCCCUGCCUAUCACUUUCAUCUACCACAGCUUUGUGCAGUGUUACCAUGAGCUCAAGUUCCGGUCUGCUAGGUACAGCAGGAGCCUCUCUGCCGAAUUCCUAAAUUAAUGGAUAGCACAACUGCAUUUCGUAGCAGCACUUAUUAUGUUGAAGGAAUCGACCGGACCCUCCUUGUUUCUUCCCUGUUCCUGGUGACUGACAGGAGGGACAAUGCCCUAUGCCCUUAAAGGAAUGCUUUCCCUCUUUCCACCUGCAGGGUGACCACUUUCUCAAUGCAGGGGUGAAAGCAAAGCACUCAUUUCCUUAGUCUCAUCACACACGAAUGUCUCCAGCUUGUUGGACAUUGCAGGCGGUAUGCACUAUUUAGAGUGAAGCACAUGCAUUUAAAAUAUGUCUUUGAUUUUGAUGUUCUCAUUCAUUUCAAGGUCUGUUUUCAGGAGCACACACAGUCCAGAAACUCAAGUGAUCAAGCUCGGCGCACCCAGAGUGGGUGGGUGGUAUUUCUUUUUUAAAAAACAGCAGCUUUUUGCAUCAUAUGGCUAGCCGCUGUUGAACUUGGCAGUGGGUGUUGCAAAAGCCAUUUGUGAUUCGGUUUGGGGUGAGAAGGUUCUUCUUUGCAGGGGGAGAAGGUUAGCAGUCUUGUUUCUCCUGAACAACGCACUGGGCAUCUCAGUGAAGCUUUCCAUGCUGUGCUGUAAGUUGUGAUGACUGGGAUCCUGAAAUCAUCUCUCUUUAUUGGGGGGUUUUCCAGCAGCCUCUUUGACCAGAGACAAUAGUGGAUAAAGAAAUGGAGAAUGUCAACCUGGUGCCUUCCAAAUGCUGUCAGUCUCUUAAUUCCCAGCAAUUCUUGCUAGCUUGCGCAAUAAUCAAGGAUGGCGGGAAUUGUAAUGCAACAACAUCUGGAAGGCAGUUGGUUGAGGAAGGCUGAUAUGAGAAAUUAUUUCUCUGCCCUACUGCUUCCUGCUCUGGGAGCCAGUGUGGUGUAGUGGUUAAGAGCGGUACUCUUGUAAUCUGGUGAACUGGGUUCGUGUCUCCACUCCUCCACAUGCAGCUGCUGGGUGACCUUGGGCUAGUCACACUUCUCUGAAGUCUCUCAGCCCCACUCACCUCACAGAGUGUUUGUUGUGGGGGAAGAAGGGAAAGGAGAAUGUUAGCCGCUUUGAGACUCCUUAGGGUAGUGAUAAAGUGGGAUAUCAAAUCCAAACUCUUCUUCUACCCUGGAAAGGUGUUUGUUUUUACUUGGUUAACCAAUUGUAAAACUUAAGUGAUAAUCUCCUCUUAACAUUGGCUCUGCUUAGAACAGUGGUUGCCUGGCAGUGUUAAGAAGAACCUUUGGGUUCCCUUAAGAGCUUAUCAAGGCUUUCCCCAGUGAUGAGCUCCAUAAUGGUAAGACAAGCCAGGACAUUACUAAUAGUCUCCCCCUGCAAUGCAUACAGAUGUUAUUUUGCUGCGUUUUGAGGUUUCAGCUGAGUUGAUGGCAAAGCUCAGCAGGCCUACAGUCCCAGAUGUGAGAAAGCACCUUAGAAGGGUCAGUGAACACACGUUUGUCUCUCACACAGGGCUUCCUCUGUAGAUGAGUCAACGUAGAAAGGGUUUGCAUAAUAUGAAAAGGUUGGAAACCAUUGUGUUCCAAAUGCUUGAAUCAUCACCUAAUUUAAUCAUCAAUUUGCAUGGUAAAAAAAGGGAAUCCUAUACAGAAAGAUCGUUUAUUUGGAGCCCUAUUAUUUCUUGAACAUUUAAGGUCUCUUGUCUGUUGUACACUACCUCCCUGCCUCACACGCACCCCAUACAGUUGAGGAAAUAAUCUGAUAUCCACUAAAGCCGAGCAAAUCUGCAUUAGCGAAAGUGGAGUUGGCAAAAUUACCAGAUUCCAGAUUUACAAACUGAAAUGAGAAUCUGGGCUUUUUUCUCCCUGUUGUGCCACAUGUUUUCUGGUGAAGCAAGAUUUUCUGGCAUUCCAUUCCUAAAUAUCUCUGCUCAGAAACAAAGCACUUCAUUGCAAGUCAGUGUCUUUAGGUUCAGCGACAAAUGUGAUUAACGGGAGAGUGCUGCUAUUGGACUUUAUAAAAAUUCAGUUGCUGACAAUGUGAUAGAUGUAUUUAGAGGGGACUCGUGUGUGAGCUAUUGCUGAGCCUGAGUUAUGUUGCCAACUCUGUUCCAUCAGUAUGAAAGCAUUUGUUUGAAAGCCUUCAGUUUAUUGUUCUUCCCCUCCCUCCUCUUUUUAUUAAUAAUUGCAGUACAAUAGCCAGAGUGGUGGAGGAGAUAAAGAGAGAGGGUAAAGUAGUAAAACUCCCUGCCUAGCCCUGAAAGUAAGUUGGUGGCUCUGGGCCCGUUUCUGUCUCUCAGCCUAGACUUGCUUACAAGGUAAGUCAUUCAUAGGUUGACAGGAGAAUAAAAUAAUGCCAUAUGUAGAGAUAGCAAGGCCUGG